GCACUCAGCUCGAUGCUAGUGGGGCGUGACGUCAUGCACGAAACUUUGAUACAAUGCCCUCCAUAUUUUCGGGCAAGUUGAGUUCAAACAGACAAGAGCAACAUGUGACGUAGCGAAGGCAUAUAGAUUGUCAAUGGAAUUUUUGCAUAAUUGACGCGACCCGCUCGGAAAGCGAAGGCUCGCUGAAACACAGCUGGACCUGUUCGGUUUUUUUUAGGUGAAUGGUUCGUGUAACACCCAACUGUAGAGCGGUCUGUUCUCGGGUAGACACGCGGGCUGCUUUGGUAAAGCGUGUAACGGAAUCUGUUUCCACCGAGUUGUUUUUGGGUUUCUUUUUAAAAUGAGGAGCCCGUUGGACAGACGCUUUUAGGAUUGUUCUUCGGUGACAAACAGCCCUUAUCGGACCUCUGUCGCCGGGCGAGAGUCGGGCAUCGUCCUUUGGAGGAGUAUCAGAAUGAUAAAGCCCAAAGUGGGUCGGAUGUUUCUGGCGACAUGCGUCGGCUCGUUUUUCAUUCUUAUAUUAUACUUCCAGAACAUCUCAAGAUCAGCUUCUGAACAGUUUUCAGGCUGGAACAGUUCUUCAGUUAAAUCGGGAAGAAGCCCUUUGCAGUCACUACAAGAAAAUGAACAGCUGGAACAGUCUGCAGUGCAGGCCACUCUGCAGGGUCGAAGGGAACUCCUGGAGGAAACCUGUCGCACCCACACCCACAAAAGACGCGUACUCAGCCCGGAGGACCUCCGCCACCUCAUAGUGGAUGAUAAACACAAGUUACUGUAUUGCUAUGUCCCCAAAGUGGCAUGUACAAACUGGAAACGUGUGUUGAUGGUGCUAACAGGAGAUGGGCACUAUCGCGAACCACUUGCUAUUCCAGCAAACGAGGCUCACAUAGUGGGCAACCUGCGUUCACUCUCGGAGUACUCCACAGCCGAGAUCAACCAGCGGCUACGCACAUAUCUGAAGUUUGUCUUUGUGCGUGAACCCUUCGAAAGACUUGUCUCUGCAUAUCGCAACAAGUUUACCCGUAGCUACAACACGGCAUUCCAUAAACGCUACGGGACCAAAAUCAUCCAGAGGCAUCGUGCGGACCCCCAGGCUGAAGCACUGGAAAAAGGCAACGACGUCUCCUUUGAGGAGUUUGUGUAUUAUUUAGUGGACCCCCAGACUCAGAAAGAGGAACCGUUUAAUGAGCACUGGGAAAGGGUUCAUUCACUUUGCCACCCUUGCCUGAUCCAUUACGAUGUGGUGGGCAAGUAUGAGACUCUUGUGCAAGAUUCACGUUACAUCCUGAAGUUAGCAGGUGCUGAAGAAGAGGUCAAAUUUCCCGCCAUGUCCAAGAGCACCAGGACCACGGGUGACAUGACUGCUAAGUUCUUCGACAACAUCAGUCCAUUUUACCAGAAGAAACUCUUCAACCUUUACAGAAUGGACUUCUUGCUUUUUAACUACUCUGUGCCGGCUUACUUGAAGUUGAGAUAAACAGUUCAGCGAGUUUCAACUGAUCAUAAAACUUGUACACAUGGAUGUGAAUCUUGCGGGCAAUGACUAAAAUUUAGCUUGUGUCUGGAUUUGAGUGAAUCGCCUGAGGGAACCUGUAGAGGAUGCACCUUGGAUAUGGCGUCUCCAUUGGUCUUUUGAAGUGAAAUUCAGCACUGUGAACAGAUUAGUGCUGGGUGGGGUGUUGCAUACCAUCCCAAAUGUUCACAAAAUACUGUCUGUAAUUCCUUUGGCAAAUGUCGACUGAGCUCCAAGUAUGUGCCUUUGUCCUUCUGAAUGUUGAUAAGUGAAGCAGGAUUCUUCAUCAACAGACAAAUGCUAUGAAUGUUUCUUCACCAUCCAAAAUUAUAUUUAUGGUAUUGUUUACGUAGCAUAUUUAUUGUGGAUUUUGGUGUUGAACUGGAACCAGCAAAGCCUUGACAUUAAUCUCGAAGCGAUUCCAUGAAGCUGAUCUCAAAGCCUCCUUUCUAACAUUCCCUGGAUAUAUGGGCCUUUCGCACUACUUUAGUUCCAGAACUAAAUGUACAGUUCUAAAGUACUGGGACGAUUUUGCGUAAACUAUUUCCAAGUACCAUUUAAAGGGUUGCAUUCGCACUGAUGGUGUGUACUAGGACGUGACGUAAGCUGGUCAACAGCGAUGCCAUUUAUGCAUGCCGUUCAACAAUGAAAACAAAAAAGAACAACGUUAACAACAGGAGGAUGGAAUAUGCUGAGAUUGGAGCUGUGUUUUUGUUGUGUCUUGCAGGUUUCAAAAUAAUGGGAAUGGAAUGUCGACAUAUACAUAAAGCAAUUGAAAGAACGGAAAGGAGGACUAAGAAUCUCCAAUGACAACUGGCAGCGACAACAUUUGCUACAAGUGCCUGCGCUUCAGCAUCCAUCCAUCUAUAGCUGUUCAUCAUACUCGCGAAAUAAAUUGACACAAUGUUUACAGUAUGUUUACACAGCAUUUUAAAUCAUGGCGGGUGAGGGCGUUUUUGAACGUGUCUGGCCAACCAAUGUAUACUUACAUCAUGGAUAGUACCAGUUGUACUGGUUAGACCCUGCUCUGGAGUAGGAGCUAAUUUGAUUUUCGAAAAGUAGGAGCUAAUUUGAUUCUCAAAAAAGGCAGUCCGGUACUAAAAUCACACCUGAUUCCGGCAGUGCGAAAAUGCCCCAAAGUGGGUAGUUCCACAAGUAGUUCUGGUACUAUGAAAAGGUUCCGGCGGUGCGAAAGUCCCUAUAGUUCCAGACCUCAACCUUACACUCAACUCAACAUGAAGGUAGUUUCCAAGUCUAAAGGUCAACUGGUUCAAGCAGAUUGCUGGUAAUAUGUUGGAGGGAGUCAAAGGUGAGGGAUGAAUUUAGACUUCUCUUUCAGUCGCAAACUGGACAAGGCUGUCUACCUUGGGCAGUUUAGAUGUUCUGGAAAUAAAUGGCGUUCUCAUAAAGUCUCCACUUUAUUUAGCAUGCAACGGGCUGUGUAAACAGUGCAUAGCUGUGGUUGGAGAAAGGUAGACCCUCAUCAGUGCGGGUCUUGUUGAGCUAUGGAUGCAGGGUGAGGUGAAAACUACUCGCUUGCCAUUGCAGGUCAAACAUCAGCAUGAUUCUUGGAGGAAACACUCGUUUUAUUAAUUUGUAAUAAGGGUUGAAGUGCAAUACAAUUUUUAGAAAGGUACCAGUAUGUGUUUGAGUUAGUAGAGGAUUAUCUUUCCCUUAGAACUCUUAAAGUGAGAGAAAAUCAAUCUCUGGCAGUAGAGUUUUACAUCUUAUUAGUUUUCGCGACUAUGUGAAAUGUUCUUUUAGUUCAUUAGCAUUUGGUUGAAAUGACCCUUGAUAAUUUAGGUAUGUCGUCUUGUCUGCAAAAAAGCCGGUAACACUUUAUAAUAACUGCACACUAUUAAUCAUUAAUUAAGCAUUAGUAAACAGAUAAUUCAUAAUUUAUAAACAUUAAUAGACAGUAAUAAUCAGUUUAUAAAUACAGAUAUAAAUGCUUUAUUCUUGAUUUAAAAGCAUAUCUAUAAUCUGUAAUUUCAUACUUUAUUCAUGAUCAAUUUAUCAUUUCUCAAUGAAGUAUAGCAUUAUUUACAAACCAGUUAUUUAGGAGUUGCCAGUGAUUCAUAAAAUCACAAGAAAUUUAGUAAAUUCAGGUAGUUAUAAAGCAUUUAGUAGUGGUCAGUUAACUAUUUACGUGAGCUCAUCUAAAGUGAGGACUAUGCCUUGUAAAGCAUUUAUAAAGGAUAUUUAAAGGCUCCGUUAUCUUCUAAACAAAAAACAGAAACAAACACAACACAGUGAUACAGAACAUUGAAAUAUUAACAGCCUUUAAAUCUCAGUUGUAAAAGCUUUACAAGGCAUAAAUAGUCCUCACUUUAGAUGAGUUCUCAAAAAUAGUUAACUAACAACUACAUGAAUUAAACCUGAAUUACAGUAGAAAUACAUGUUAAUAAACCAUUUAUUAACACUAUAAGUAGCUAUUACUAAAUGUCUGAAUAAAAAAAUGUAUGAAUGCACAUUUAAAUAGUUUAUUAAUAAUUUAAUUACAAUUUCUAAGUGAUCUUAUGAACCACUGACAACUCCUUACUAACUGGUGUGUAAAUAAUGCUAUACUUAAUUUAGAAAUGAUAAAUUGAUCAUUAAUAAAGUAUGAAAAAACAAUUAUUAAAUACAUUAUAGAUAUGCUUUUAAAUCGGGAUUUAUAUCUGUAUUUAUAAACUGCUUAUAAAUGUCUAUUAAUGCUUUAUAAAUGAUGAAUUAACUGUUUCCUAAUGCUUAACUAAUGGUUGAAAUCAUGAUGAAAUCUUUAGAGAAAGGGAUAGAAUGAGUCAUCUGACUAAUAUCUGGCGGACAGGUAGACAUGUCCUGGUGCACAAUGGGUACCUUGUGUGCCACACUGCAUAACGAACCUUCCAAAAUUGCUCCUGGAAAUGUUUUGUUGGAAAAUAUUUUCUGUCUUGAUAGUUAGGCUGUAUUUCAGUGUUGAGCUGGAAUCUUUCAGGUUUUUGUAAGGACAAAGAGAAUCAUCUAUAUGUCUUGGUUUAAAAUGCAUUUAAAUGAGCGAUAUAUAUAAUCAUUUGAAGAGGAACGUCAUGUCUUGAUUUGAAAGUUACAGGAGUGCCAGUGCUUUUGUCCUAUUAUAAUGUCAUUAUUCUGAUGUAAAGUUAUGAAUGUUGUUUGAAUGGGUUGAUUCAUAUGAGAGAUGUGAGUGUGGGAAUGCCUGACUGUAUGAGCUGAGCUUUUGAGAGUGUGGCAACCGCGAGUGCCAUUUGUGAUGUAACUAACAGUUUGCACCUGUUUUGAAAGCUUGUGUGCAUACAUGUGCUGCAAAACUGUGAAUGCCAAUGUGCACUAGACAAUAUGGAAUCUUGCUUUGAAGGGUAAAUUAUCUUGUUUUCCAUGUUUUUGUUUUGUUUGUUUUUUCCAGGGAAUACAUCUACCAACAGUGAUUUCGUGUGCUUUCAUUUUUUGUUACAUAACAUUUUAUAAAACAAACUGCCUGUGGUACGACAGUUAACUCAAAUAUGUAAUUAUUAUUAUUUUUAAUGUUUUAGGGACCACAACACUUAAACUGUAGAAAAAUCAUGAAAGAAGGUUAAUUCUAAUUCAGAGUAAAGAUAUUACAAAUGUGUUGAAUAAAAUUGCCACAUUAACAAUA